AUGAAAGGAAAAUUCAAAAAGAGGGCCGAUCAGGUAGAGGCGGAGACUAAGCCCAGCGACCCAGAGACAACAGAUUCAGAUGGGGUGGGAGGCUUACAUGUAGUGGAGGUAGAAAAAAGCGUUAAACAUGAUAGCGCUGCGUCAGCGAUUAUCUGGGUUAGACCCAAAGUGGAGGGACAAACUAUAGAAAUGGAGUUAGACACAGGUGCGGCAGUGUCGAUCAUUUCAGAAAAAGUAUACAAUGCUAAAUUUAGCCAGUUACGCCUCCGUACCACCAACCUACUGUUGAGAUCGUAUACAGGGCAGGUUAUGACACCCUUGGGGGUAAUAAAAGUAGACGUGCGUCUCAACAAACAACGGGCACGUCUCCCCCUGUAUGUGGUUAAGGGUGACGCUCUCUCUCUUUUUGGACGAGAAUGGUUGCGAAAAGUAAAGUUAGAUUGGACAAUGAUUAAAACUAUUCGAGCUACACAUCCCAUACAGGAAGACCGCACAAUGGCGACAGUACUAGACAGCCAUGCCAGGGUGUUCCAAGAAGGUCUAGGUACACUAAAGGGCUUUGAGGUGGCGUUAACCCUCAAGCCGGUGCAUCAACCGAAGUUCUUCCAAGCACGGGCGGUGCCGUAUGCACUUCGGCCGAAGGUGGAGGAGGAAUUAGAGCGUUUGGAACAGGGGGGCGUACUGUCUCCAGUACAGUUUAGUGAAUGGGCUACUCCAAUUGUACCCAUUUUAAAAAAAAAUGGGAAAGUACGUAUAUGCGGAGAUUUUAAAGUGACCUUAAAUCCCGCGCUUUGUGCUGAACACUACCCCAUUCCGAGGAUAGAAGAUCUUUUCGCAUCGCUAGCAGGGGGGCAGCGUUUCAGCAAAUUAGAUCUGGCGAACGCAUAUUUACAGGUGCCGGUUCAGGAAAACUCCCGUAAAUAUCUGACCAUUACCACGCAGAAGGGAAUGUUUUGCUAUAACCGUCUUCCCUUCGGGAUCACCUCUGCGCCGUCAAUCUUUCAGCGAGUCAUGGACCAAGUGUUGCAGGGCCUCCCCAACGUCCAUUGUUUCCUGGACGACAUUUUGGUGACUGGGGAGAACGAUGCAGAUCACCUAAAAAACUUAGAUGCAGUGUUGGGCCGAUUGGGAAAAUUCGGUUUGCGAGUACAGAAGGAGAAAUGUGAAUUCUUCAAGAGUUCAUUAGAAUAUUUGGGGCAUGUCAUUGAUAAAAAAGGGCUACAUAAGUCCCCAGAGAAGCUUAAGGCCAUAGCGGAGGCCCCAGCCCCCAUUAAUGUGAGUCAGCUCCGUUCUUUUUUGGGCCUGAUAAACUAUUAUGGGCGUUUUGUUAAAAACAUGGCAACCAUGCUCAGCCCGUUACAUGAGCUGUUGCACACCGGAGUGGCAUGGAAGUGGUCACCAGAGUGCGAGAAAGCCUUUAAGGCAGCAAAAGACCAUUUGCAAUCAGAACAGGUGCUAACGCAUUAUGACCCCAGGUUGCCCCUGCGGAUAGCGUGUGACGCGUCGCCGUAUGGGGUGGGCGCGGUACUUUCGCACGUGAUGCCCGGUGGUGAGGAGAGACCCAUAGCCUUUGCCUCUAGGACACUGAGCAAGGCAGAGCAAAAUUAUGCUCAGAUUGAAAGGGAGGCGCUGGGAAUUAUUUUUGGGGUACGUAAAUUCCACGCCUAUUUGUACGGGUGCCAUUUUACACUACUCACAGAUCACAGACCGCUGACAAGUAUAUUGAGUCCCAGUAAGGCGACGCCACCUAUGGCGGCCGCACGACUGCAGCGGUGGGCGUUAGUGUUAGCGGCACACAACUACACAAUCCAAUACAGGAAAGCAGCAGAUCAUGGGAAUGCAGAUGGUCUCUCACGGUUGCCACUGCAGGUAGCGCAUGGGGAAAAGCCAGACGCAGUAGAUAGGGUGACAGUACAUCACCUUGAGACACUCCCAGUGGACAGUGAAGAUAUUAGGAAGGGAACUAAAUAUGACCCAGUGCUCUCUAGGGUAGUAGAUAUGGUAGUUUCAGGCCAGUUUGUUGGAACAGUUGGGCAGAAUGACGCGUUGGCACCCUUCUACAUGCGACGAGACGAACUGACGGUGAUCCAGGGGUGUUUGCUAUGGGGCAGUAGAGUGGUGGUGCCUCCAGCGUUGAGACCGCAGCUUCUGAAGGAACUACAUGCCGGGCACCCAGGCAUGGUCAAGAUGAAGGCCAUUGCACGGAGCCAUGUCUGGUGGCCGGGGUUAGACGCCCAGAUUGAACAGCAGGCCAGGACAUGCUCUACGUGUCAACGGAACCAAAAGAACCCGGCGCUCUCCCCACUACACACCUGGCCGUGGCCGGGAUCUCCAUGGCAACGGAUCCAUGUGGACUUUGCGGGGCCGUUCGAAGGACACAUGUUCUUGGUGGUGGUAGAUGCGUACUCUAAGUGGCCGGAAGUACAGGUGAUGAAAACGACGACGACGGAGAAGACUGUACAGGCCCUGAGGAGUAUGUUUGCCCGCAACGGAGUACCAGAGACACUGGUUAGUGACAAUGGGCCACAAUUCACAGCGGCAGAGUUCGGGGCAUUUCUCCGGGCAAACGGAGUGAAGCACAAAAGGUCAGCGCCGUUUCACCCCGCCACGAACGGUCAAGCAGAGCGUUUUGUGCAGACGCUGAAGCGUUCAUUGAAAGCGUCUAGGGGAACAUUUACGCUGCAACAUCGAGUGGAGGCAUUUUUACUCAGCUACAGGAAUGCGCCUCACAUGACGACGAGUGAGUCUCCGGCUAUGCUCUUCCUGCGCCGUCGGCUCCGCUCUCGCUUGGACCUUGUGAAGCCGAACGUGUCGGCUACGGUGGAGCUGGCGCAGGAGGGCCAACGAGAACGCAGAGAUCUGGUGGCUAAGGACAGACGGUUUGCAGUGGGGGAGGCCGUGCUGGUGCGUGAUUAUCGACGGGGGGAGGAGAAGUGGAUGCCUGGACUGGUGGCAUCACAAGAGGGACCGGUAUCCUACUCCGUGGAUGUGGGGGCAGGCGCACUCUGGAGACGUCACACAGAGCAGAUGAGAGCCGGUGACCGUGCGCUUUUGGUUCCCACUGGUCCAGAGCAACCAGCUGUGCCGAGUGAACUGACAAUUGGGGCCCAGCCGGUUGCUCCCCCCCCUUCUCCGGCAAGAGGGGAUGCUCUGGGAACCGGGACAGUCGCCCCCGAGCCAGGAGGGUCACCCAGACGGAGAGCGGAUGUUGGCGCGCCAGGCCGGAGGUAUCCACUCCGGGUUACCAGAGCUCCAGACCGCCUUAAUCUCUGAACUGGGGGCGUGGGUUGUUAGAGAGUCAUGUCACGUUUUGGGGCAGAAUAAUCCCCGUUGACUGACUCCGAGGUUCGGGGGUAGUCUACCCCCCGGCCUCAGUAAGCAUGUAUGUGUUUAAGUUUGAGUUCCCUAUUUACAAUAGCCCCCUAAGUGGGUAUUUCAAUGUAUUUUAUGGUUACACCGCCGAUUCGCACAAAGCAUCAUUUUGCACAUAACACACGUUCUAAGUGCUUAUGGCCUAGUCUGUUUUUAUAGGCUGGGGUUAAUAGGGGUGGUUUUAGGUGGGUGCGAAUCUGAAUAAGUGGGGAGGGAUGUUGUGUAUUGAGCUGUAUGUUUUGUCUGCAUGGUUACACCCAGUGACCACCAGGGGGAGUGCCAGGUGGGUUCAUAUAUGUUGGGUUGAACUUCCGUUCGGUGUGUGACAAUAAAGCUGUCUAACGUCUACACCAGCUCCCGACUCGGCUCUCGUGAUUACAUAGAUAAGGUG